GAGCCGGGUUAUUCYUGCAUACAAAUAAUGAGUUAACAUUGUUUUACGACUAUACCGAGAGAGGAUCGUUAGAUGUGAGGACAUGAUGAGACCUACCGAUGGUGAAUGGUGAACUUCUAAGACUGAAUAACUAAACUCGAAAGGAAAACUUUUGGGGAUCCUCUCGACCGUUGAACGUGACUUCAAUUGUAUCCACAUAAACAACGGCGCCGUUAGUUACUAAAAGGAAAUCUGGAUUGACAUUCUGGCUGAUAUACGAAAGACUUUGCAAUUACUGUACUUGGAUUCAAUUCAAGACCUGUCUACGCGUUUGAAUCUUAUUAUCGUUUUUAGUCAGAUAUAAUUUGUGUACCAAUUUUAUCAGCGAAAAAGGUGGAAAAGACUCGUGAUUUUUGUGUCCAGUCUGAAAAUGUCGAACUGUAGUUUAGAAGGGUACAAGAAGGUAGUUUAUGAUAAAUGCGCUAAGGAAAAUGUCGGGACUUUGCUGCUAUCGUUUCUGGAUGAGUCAGAAUGGAACUAUGGACUGAGGGUAGUUAUCUAUUUGGUAGCUUUGCUCUGGUGUUUCAUGGGGAUUGCCAUUGUUGCCGAUGUCUUCAUGUGUGCCAUCGAGAGAAUCACAAGCAAGACCAAGAAAGUUAUGGUUGCCAAGCAAGGCACAAAAGCCGAGUUGGAGGAGGUUGAAGUGCGGGUAUGGAAUGAUACAGUAGCUAAUCUGACCCUCAUGGCACUAGGGUCCUCGGCUCCUGAGAUCCUUCUCUCGAUCAUYGAAAUUAUAGGUAAUAAUUUCGAAGCAGGCGAUCUUGGUCCCGGAACGAUCGUAGGGUCAGCUGCGUUUAACCUGAUGGUUAUCACGGGAGUAUGCAUCAUGUCUAUCCCAGCCUUYGAAGUCCGCAGAAUCAAGUCUAUUAAAGUUUUUGCAGUCACUGCUUUCACAUCGAUUCUGGCAUACAUAUGGCUGUACAUCAUUCUGUCAGUCAGCAGCAAAGAUGUUGUCGAUUUGUGGGAAGGCAUCCUCACUUUUCUCUUCUUCCCAAUACUUGUUAUAAUCGCUUACAUUAUGGAUAAAGAUUAUUGCUGCUCCGAGAAGAUACGACCGAAUUCAGGGAUGCUUGAACUUGAGGAAGGAGGAAAGAAGUUUACCUUACCUACAGAGGACCCUGAUGUUACCACCUUCAUUAAGGAAGUCAGCCAUAUUCCAGACAUUACAGAGGAUGAUGCAGCCAAGCUCGUUGCUGYUCAUAUCAAGUCAAAACAACCCAAAAAUUAUGGUUACUACAGAGUUGGCGCAAUUAGAGAUAUUGGUGGGGGACACAAACURAAGCCAAAAAUGGACCCGAAAUUGAACAUGAUCUAUGAGGAGCUUUCUGAUGUUGGAUUUUCAACGUCAGGAGCAUCUGUUAUUCUAGCAGGAAACAAAGAUGCCAUCAAGCCUGCCGUGAUAGAGUUUGCAGCAUCUAAGUAUGCUGUCUUAGAAAGCGACAAGCUGGUCAAAAUUGGUGUUAAACGAAGUGGAAAUAUGAAGUGUACAGCAACAGUCAAUUAUGAAACCAUUGACGGUACUGCAAAUGCAGAUUCUGAUUAUAUCCCAAAGAAAGAUGUCAUGGUGUUCAAACCCGGUGAAACACUCAAACAUAUUGACAUCACAAUCAUUGAUGACAAUGAGUGGGAAGAGAAUGAAAUCUUCUUCGUCAAGCUUUCUCCUUAUGACAUUAAAGAUGCMACCGUCGCUGUUGGAAAGCUGAGCGUUACUGAAGUAACGAUUAUCAAUGACGAUGAACCCGGCAUUUUAUCGCUCCAAAARCCCAGUUUUGUCGUCAAAGAAAGCAUUGGUAAAGCUAAAUUUAUGGUAGAGAGAACGCAAGGUACAGACGGAAUUGUCAAAGUGACUUGGACAACCCAAGACCAGUCGGCCAUUUGUGGUAAAGACUAUCACGGAGGGAAGGGCGAGUUGACGUUUGAACAUGGCGAGCAGGUCAAAUACAUUGAGAUUGAAAUCAUUGACGAUAAAGCCUUUGAAAAAGAUGAAACUUUUACCCUUGAGUUGAGUGAUCCAACAGGAGGAGCACAACUUGGAAAAAUCAAGCGAACUGUUGUCAACCUGGUCAAUGAUGAUGAGUACCGGCGUUUAUUUGACCGUGUGGUCUCUCUCACUCACCUAAACCUGGAUCGAUUGGAACUCGGGUCGUCGUCGUGGGGCAUGCAGUUUCGUGAUGCUAUGUCGGUCAAUGGAGGAGACGUGGAGAACGCCACGACAAUGGAUUACAUCAUGCACUUUUUUACUUUUGCUUGGAAGAUCAUCUUCGCUAUCUGUCCACCUUGUUCAUGGGCCGGAGGAUGGAUUGCUUUCAGCGUUGCUCUCAUGAUGAUCGGCCUACUAACGGCGGUUGUCGGGGACCUUGCUACCAUAUUUGGAUGUCUAGUGGGCCUGAAACCUGAAGUGACUGCUUUCACAUUCGUCGCUUUGGGUACCAGUCUCCCUGAUUUGUUUGCCAGUAAAACGGCCGCCGUGUCAGAAAAAUAUGCGGACGCUGCCGUUGGCAACGUUACCGGAAGUAAUUCUGUAAAUGUGUUCCUUGGACUGGGUACCCCAUGGUUGAUAGCUGCGAUAUACCAUAAAGUCAAAACCGGUAAACCCUUCAAUGUUCCAGGUGGAUCACUGGUCACAAAUGUAGUAACCUACAGUGUUUGUGCUUCGCUGUGCAUUUUAUUAUURCUAUUGAGGCGAUAUAUCAAACCUCUCGGAGGAGGCGAGCUAGGAGGACCAGCGAAAACCAAAUAUGCAACGGGAGCAAUCUUCAUUCUGCUGUGGUUCAUCUAUGUUCUCAUAUCAGCGAUGGUUUCAUACGGUCACAUUUCUUUUUAGAGUGCACCGCAACUUAGAACACAUAGACACAUCUUGGCUGAUUAUCAGUUUAAUAUAAAGUUAUGCAACAGUUGUAAAAAAUUAUCAUUUCACSGACUCUUAAACCACGUACUGAAUGCACAAAUCGGCAGAAUUAGCCACACUUCAAGUUAAAUUGCAAACCGAUUAAGUUUAGCUUUUUACACCUGGCUCAUAGUGAAAGAUAGUUUUAGAAAAUAGAAUAUAUUUUAUGCGACUAAAAAGUAUGGAAUACUGAAAUGUUGCCGAAAUAAAUUUCUCCAAWUGGGCCUGUCUCAUGCAACAGCCAUAUUGGAUAGAACAAUAUGAUA